UCUUAAUCAAUAAUUUUAUAGUAAAAUGAAAGGGCCGGUGACGGCGGCGGCGACAAUGGUGGUGGCAUUGCUGAAUUUGAUAGUGUUGGUGUGUUUGGGCAUGUCACUUAUGAUGUUUGUUGAGAGAAUGUAUUUAGGAGUUGCCAUUUGCUUUGUGAAGCUCUUUGGUAGAAAACCAGAGAAGCGUUACAAAUGGGAGCCUAUUAAAGAUGACAUUGAAUUUGGAAACUCCACUUACCCUAUGAUUCUUGUUCAAAUACCAAUGUAUAAUGAAAGGGAGGUUUAUCAAUUAUCAAUUGGUUCAGCUUGUGGACUUUCUUGGCCUUCAGAUAGGAUCAUCAUACAAGUUCUUGAUGAUUCAACUGACCCAACAAUCAAAGAGUUGGUAGAAGUUGAAUGUGCAAAAUGGGAAAAGAAAGGAAUUAACAUAAAGUAUGAAUAUAGAGGCAAUAGAAAUGGAUACAAAGCUGGGGCCUUAAGAGAUGGAAUGAAACUAAGUUAUGCAAAACAAUGUGAUUAUGUUGCUAUCUUUGAUGCUGAUUUUCAACCUCAACCUGAUUUUCUUUGGCGCACUAUUCCAUUCCUAGUUAACAAUUCUCAAUUGGCCUUAGUACAAGCAAGGUGGAAGUUUGUGAAUGCCGAUGAAUGUUUGAUGACUAGGAUGCAAGAGAUAUCACUGGAUUACCACUUCAUUGUGGAACAAGAAGUAGGGUCUUCCAUGUAUUCCUUUUUUGGCUUCAAUGGUAAUGUGAUGCCAAAUGUUAAGUGCAAUAUAAUUAUGGAAGCAAUUCCAGUUAAAAAUGAAUUGCCAAGCACUUUAAAGGCUUACCGCUACCAACAACACCGAUGGUGUUGUGGACCAGCCAAUCUUUUCAGGAAAAUGUUCAUAGAGAUUAUUACAAACAAGAAAGUGUGUUUAUGGAAGAAGAUACAUGUGAUUUAUAGCUUCUUCUUUGUUCGGAAGGUUGUGGCUCACUUCAACACAUUUGUGUUUUAUUGCAUUGUGUUGCCAUCAACAGUUUUGGUUCCUCAGAUUGUUGUGCCAAAAUGGGGUUCUCUAUAUCUUCCUUUCAUCAUCACAAUUCUAAAUGUACUUGCAAGUCCAAGGUCACUCCACUUACUAGUUUUCUGGAUAGUGUUUGAGAAUACAAUGUCUCUUCAUAGAACAAAGGCAACAAUAAUUGGCUUAAUAGAGGGUAGUCGAGUCAAUGAAUGGAUUGUCACUCAAAAACUUGGAGAUCCACUCAAAGGUAAAAUUGACAAUAAUAAACCACACAACAAGCCUGGAUUCAUCAGAAUAAGAAACAGGAUCCACAUGUUGGAACUUGUUGUUGGAUUAUACUUAUUCUUCUGUGGCUGCUUUGAUCUCUUGCUUGGGACAAAACGCUUCUUCAUAUUCCUUCACAUUCAAGCAUUUGCUUUUUUCAUUAUGGCAUUUGGAUAUGUUGGCACUUUCAUACCCACCUCUUAUUAAAAGGACUAUGUACUUGGCAGUUCCUUCAUUAAGCAAUUAUGGUUUCUAUGAUUUCAAUAUAUAUUUAUAUUGUAAUGUAACUUUUUUAUAGCAUAGUUACUAGAACUAUUUAGUAUUA